CGCCGCGCCAUGACCGGUCUGCCGCCAGCCGAGUCGCUCUUUGCCGCGAUCAGGGAGUCGUGCGCCGCCUGCACUGCCCGCUCCAGCAUCUCUAUUGACGGCCAGGCCAUCGACACGUUCAUCUCGGGCAUCAAGCAGGAGGACUGGACCCCCUCGAACCAUGGCUUGCGCAUGCCGCUCGCGUUCGAGUCGGUCGAGGACGAGUUGAACGUUCUCGCAACGCUCGCCCUGCUCAACUUCCUGAGCGGGUACCGCUAUGUGCUCCACCGUAUGGCCCGGUCGCGGCGCUACAGCACCAUCCUGUCGACCGUCCUCGCCGCCUACCUCUCGUCGCCCGACUCGCUCCUUUCGACCACCGGCAUGAUCGGCGCCUCGGCCGCGCAGCUCGCCAGCCUCGCCCGCAUCAGCACUCACACCGAGCGGCAACACGAGUCGCUCCCCGUCACGGUCGGCGUCAAGGACGACGAGGCGCUCGAGGUCCUCGAGCUCCUGGCCGGCGUGCUGCAGCAGACGGGCGCGGCGUUGCGAGCGGCAGGGCACGAGUCGCUCGGGGCGUGGGUACACGAGUCGCUCGUGGCGGCAGAGGGAAACGCAGGGGCUUUUGUUCACGACCUUGCCUCGACCUUCCCGGCCUUUCGCGACGUUCACGUCGUCGAUGGCGAGCCCGUCUACCUGUUCAAGAAGGCGCUCUGGCUCGCGACCGUCGUUUCGCUGCGGUUCAAGGGCGAGAACGUCUCGUUCCAGGUGCCGGCGGUCGUCGGGACGCCAGUAUUCGCCGACAACGUCCUCCCUACACUCCUCGUCCACCGCGGCAUCCUCUCCCUGUCGUCGUCUACCGACCCUGCUCUCGCCGCCCUUUCGCUCGCCAAGCCCGACACUCUCCUUCUUUCCUCCGACUCGGCGACGCGCCUGAGGGCAGCCGCCGUCACUGC